CUCUGUGUGUAAUAUCUUAUGCUUUUAAAUUGAAACGACCAUUUUAAAGGCUGUUUUCAUGACGCGUCGCUGGCAUUAUUUGCAUUUAAGGGUCCAAUUAAAAUUUACGUUGUUGUCACAUUUACGAUAUGUUUUAUCUCACUUCAACAUAAAAUACUCAAGUUUUAAAUUUCAUUCCAUCUAAAUUGAAGACGAUAAGUGUGAGUCAUGCCAAAAUUAAGUUCUAGUAAAGAGAAUAUAAAAGUUAUUUCGAAAAAAAAUACUGGAAAAAAUAAACCAGAAACUAUUACUAAAGUUAAAAGAAAGAGAAAAUUAAAGGAAUCUGAAGCAACAAUGGGUUGUCUGUCAUCAAAAAAGUUAAAAACAGAAUCUAAAGACGAUGUAUCAGCAGGAAAUUUGACGAAACAAAAUGUAAAUACACAAUUACUAACAGAUGACUGGAAUCAUAUCAAUUAUGUUUCUCAUUCUACGAAUAUAUCUGAAUCUGUUACUAAAGUUAUUCUACAGUAUUUUGAUAAUGAUAAUACAAUUCCUUUCAUUGCGCGAUACAGAAAGAAUCAAAUAGGUGGAUUAGACGCAGAUAAAUUAAGAGAAGUUAAGGAAAGUUAUGAUAAAUCUAAAACAAUUAAACAUAAAGCUGAAACUAUUAUAAAAGCUAUUGAAAAGUCAGGAAAAGGAUCAUCAGAAAUUUAUAAUGCAAUUAAAUCAGCAAAGACCUUAAAUGAACUUGAAGAUAUUUAUGCUUUAUACAGAACUGGUUCCAAAAGAAAUUUAGCAGAUAAAGCUAGAGAGCUCGGAUUAGGUGGAGUAGCGGAAGCAGUGUUACGUGGUGAUAAGAUUCCUCACUUAAGAAGUCUAAUUGAUUCAGGUAGAGAAGGAUUAGAAAGUGAGGAUGAAAUCAAGGACGGUAUUAUUUGCAUCAUAGCAGAUAUCAUUUGUAAAGAUAAUAAGACUUUUGAAAAAAUCAAAGAACUAAGACAAAAAAUUCCUAUACAAUUAGAAACUAAGAAAUCUGUGAAAGCUAAUACGACUGAAAAUCCAGCUAAGAAAAAGAAAAAUGAUGACAAUAAAUAUGAAAUGUAUUAUAACUGGACAAACACAAAUAAAAAUAUUUAUCCUUAUCAAAUUUUAGCUAUUAAUAGAGCUGAAAAAGAAAAAGUUAUAUCUCUACAAGUGACAGUUCCUGAUAGCUUUGAGAUAACACUUAAAAAAUUUAUCUUGAAUAUAUUCAAAGCUGGUACGAAUGCAUCACCUUUUCAUAACAUACUCAUAAACAAUGGAUUUCGUCUUGCAUAUAAAAAAUCUAUAAAGCCAGCAAUUAUCAGAAGAACGAGAAGUGAAAUGAAUGAGCGAGCUGAAGAAGCAUCAACUGAAGUGUUUGCAAAAAAUGUCAAACAAUUACUUCUUACACAGCCUGUUCGUGGUAAAAAAAUUCUUGGGAUAGAUCCUGGAUUUGCUCAUGGAUGUAAGAUAGCUGUUAUAUCAGAGCAGGGCGAUGUGUUAGAUACUGCAACUAUUUACCCUCAUAAAGAAAAAGGCCAAAUAUUUCGUGACUGGAAAAAUGAAGCGACUGAAGUUCUCUCUGGUUUAAUUCAUAGACAUAAAAUAUCGACAAUAGCAUUAGGCAAUGCUACUGCCUGUCGAGAAACUGAAGAAUUUCUUUCUAAUCUCAUUAAUUCCAGAGCAUUUGGCGAUGAAAAUAUUUUAUAUGCUAUUGUUAAUGAAGCUGGGGCUUCAACAUAUAGUUGCACUACUGAAGCUAAAUGUGAAUUUCCAAAAUUAGAUUACAAUAUUAUAUCAGCAAUAUCAAUUGCUAGAAGGCUUCAGGAUCCACUUGCAGAGCUAGUUAAAGUUGAACCUAAACACCUGGGAGUAGGAAUGUAUCAGCACGAUAUGCCUGAGAAACAGUUAAUAUGUAAAUUGAAUGAAGUCGUGAUAGAAGUGGUAAGCUUCGUUGGUGUCGAUGUAAAUACUGCGUCACAGAGUCUCCUAAAGAGAGUUGCUGGUUUAUCUGAGACUAAAGCUACAAACAUUAUCGAAUGGAGAAAGAAGAAUGGGCCUUUUAUCAACAGAAAACAGCUGCUCAAAGUUAAAAAUAUCGGUAGUAAAACUUUUGAACAAUGCGCUGGAUUUAUCAGAAUUUUACCUGAAACUGCGAAAUCAACGAAACAAUCAAAGGAUUCACGAAAAAUCAAUUUUAAUUAUUUGGAUCAAACAUGGAUACAUCCAGAGUCAUAUAACAUCGCAAAUGCAUUCAUUCGAGCUGCGAAAGUUAAUAUAGCAGAUUUAGGUACCCGCAAUUUUAUUUCUGCUGUCAAUGUGUUCAUCGCUAAUAAAGGUUUCGACAAGUUAACUGAGUUAUUUAAUACUAAUGCAACAACACUGGAAAUAAUAUACAAAGGACUGACAAUGUCAAAAGGUGAAGACAUAAGAUUUCAGUAUAAGGCACCACUUUUUAGAAAAAGUUUACGAAGUAUUAAUGAUUUAAGUGUAGAAUCCGUACUUAGUGGCGAAGUACGAAAUAUUACAGAUUUUGGCGUAUUCAUUGAUAUUGGCGUCGAAAAAGAUGGACUUGUUCAUUGGAAAAAUUCAGAAGGAAAACUUCUUGUACUUGGUCAAAGAGUUAAUGUAAAAGUUAAUAGUAUUGAUAAAGAUCGUUACCGUAUUGGACUUGUUUUAGUUUGAAUUACGAAAAGAAAUGAUCGUUAGUUGUAAUGUGUUUAAGUGAAUUUUUUUACUAAAAAUUACCAUUAAUUAAGU